AUCACCACCCAAACCCCUUCAAGAUCACGAUAUACAGUCAAGAUGGGUCGUGUUAUUCGCUCGCAACGUAAGGCGUCGACCAUCUUCAGGUCGCACACCCACCACAACAAGGCACCUGCUAAGCUUAGACCCUUGGACUUUUCCGAGAGGCAAGGUUACCUUCGCGGUGUUGUCAAGGAGAUCAUCCACGAUGCUGGCCGUGGUGCUCCCCUUGCUCGCGUCGCUUUCCGCGACCCUUACCGCUUCAAGCAAAGAGUCGAGACCUUCAUUGCUACCGAGGGCUUGAGCACUGGCCAAUUCGUCUACUGCGGCAAGAAGGCUGCCAUCAACGUCGGCAACGUCCUGCCUCUGUCCGCUCUGCCAGAGGGUACCAUUGUCUGCAACGUCGAGGAGAAGGCUGGCGACCGAGGAACCCUUGCUCGCACUUCCGGCAACUACGCCACCCUCAUCGGACACGACAACGAUGGCACUACCCGUAUUCGUCUUCCAUCGGGUGCAAAGAAGUCUGUUCCCUCUGGCAGUCGCGCUACUGUUGGGAUCGUCGCCGGUGGUGGACGUGUCGAUAAGCCUUUGCUCAAGGCUGGUCGCGCUCACCACAAGUUCAAGGUCAAGCGCAACAGCUGGCCCAAGACUCGUGGUGUGGCUAUGAACCCCGUCGAUCACCCUCAUGGUGGUGGUAACCAUCAGCACAUUGGUCACGCCUCCACCGUCCCUCGCUCCAGCGUUCCCGGUCAGAAGGCUGGUCUCAUCGCUGCUCGUCGCACUGGUCUCAUCACUGGUGCUGCCCACAACAAGGACGCAUAAGCAUACAGGAGCUCGCCGCGAAAUUCUCGCCCACUUCCGGCCCUCUUCACCACGCUGCGUUCUCGUCCUGGUCAAUCAUUCACUCUCGCUUCGUGCUCCUGUACUGUCUUCAAAACUAUGCACCAUGACUCGACACGUCUCGAGAAAUAUAGCACAAUUCACCCAG